CCCGGUUCAGCUCGGCUCGGCCCGGUUCAGCUCCGCUCGGCUCGGCCCGGCCAUGGUGGAGCGCUCGGACGAGGCGCCGCUGCUGUUCUGGGCCGAGGGCCCCGCCGUGUCGGCGCCGCCGCCCGCGGCCGAGCCGGGCGGCAGCGGCAGCGGCGGGCGGCGGCUCGGCGGCGGCUGGAGCGCGGCUCCGUGGGACGGCGAGGGGCCGGCGGAGGCGGCGGGGCCGCCGCGGGCCGAGGCGGAGGAGGACCAGAUCGUGGCCGUCUUCGUGGUCACCUUCGACCCCCGCACGGGCAACAUGGUGGAAUGGUGUUUACCUCAAGAUAUAGAUUUGGAAGGUGUGGAAUUCAAAUCCAUGGCAAGUGGGUCCCACAAAAUCCAGUCAGAUUUCAUUUAUUUCCGGAAAGGGCUCUGUUUUGGCCUGGCCUGCUUUGCCAACAUGCCUGUGGAGAGCGAGUUAGAGCGUGGUGCCCGCAUGAAGUCCGUGGGCAUCCUCUCCCCUUCCUACACACUGCUGUAUAGGUACAUGCACUUCCUGGAGAACCAGGUCAGACACCAGCUGGAGAUGCCAGGGCACUACUCCCAUCUAGAGGCAUUCUAUGAUGACAAGAAAGGAGUUCUCCCUGAUAGCAAGGGCACCCCCAGCUCUCAGCAACCUGUCCACUGGCUGCCUUCCAUCCACAGAUACAUGUACCCAGAGAUGAAGAUCACACACCCUGCUGGCUGUAUGUCUCAGUUCAUCAAAUUCUUCGGUGAGCAGAUCCUCGUCCUCUGGAAGUUUGCCCUGCUGCGCAAGCGCAUACUGAUAUUUUCACCACCCCCAGUUGGAGUUGUCUGCUAUAGAGUGUAUUGCUGCUGUUGCCUUGCAAAUGUUUCUCUGCCUGGUCUUGGAGGAACUGUCCCAGAGUCCAAACCAUUCUUCUAUGUGAAUGUGGCAGACAUAGAAAUGCUGGAGACAGAAGUAUCAUAUGUGGCCUGUACAACAGAAAAGAUCUUUGAGCAGAAGCGGGAUCUCUAUGAUGUCUAUGUGGACAACCAGAAUGUGAAGACGCAUCACGAACAUCUGCAACCACUCCUGAAAAUUAACAAUGCUGACAAGGAGAAGUACCGACGGCUCAAUGACCAAAGGCAGAUGUUAAUGUAUUCUCAAGAAGUGGGUGAAGAUUGCAGCUCCUGUGAAGAGGACCUUUUCAUCUUGUUUUUCAUGGAGCAGAACAACCGCAUAUUCCAGACGCUGAUGGAGGUGUCAGCCAGCCAGGACAAGACACUGACAGCCGACCACGCACGAGGCAUGGGCCUGGAUCCCCAAGGGGAUCGAAGUUUCCUUAUGGACCUCCUGGAAGUGUAUGGCAUUGAUGUUAUGCUAGUCAUUGACAACCCCUGCUGCACUUAAACCAAGGGCAAGAGAGAUGGGGAGCAAAGAUCACUUUUUAAAGACUACCAGACAUUGCUUAGGAGGAUCACUGGAACUCACCACAGCCACAGUUAUUUAAUAACUUUAUAUGGAGAGUAUUUAUAAUUUUAAAACAAAAUGUGAUUUUAUUUUCUCACACUCCACUUCCCAGUGAGUACCUGCUCUAGGGUUCCUUUUGGUUUUGUCUCCCAUUCCCUUUCGUGUUUUUCGUUUUGUCUAGCUAGGACCAGUGGCACCUUUGCACCAAACCUCACUGUUGCCAGUGAUAGCUAGGUUUUGGCCUAGCCUGGAUACCUGAAGGCUGAUGACUUCAGGAAAGCACUUUGUCUGAUGACAACCAAUGUGAAAUGCUAUAACUGAGCUUUCAGACUUGGCUGGAAAAUCCUCCUAACAACUCCCCCUUCCACUUGGGGACUGAAGAGGGCUUCAGCACAGCCCAGUCUCAUAAAUAGCUCCUACCAAGUUUAUUGGUGGGGACAGUUCAACCAGCGAUAAGAACCAGGACUCCUUUAAACACUCCUCACCCAUCUUGAAGGUGAAUUGGAGUAAAGCCACCCUUCCUUGUAAAUGGCAGAAGCAAGUUUGGGAUCGGGGACGCUACAGGAUCUUAUGACUUUGCUUACUGGAGCAGCACGGUUUCACUUCCAGCACCUGAGAUGGUCUAAACUGGAGAGACUGC